AUGGCGCUCAUCGGAGACGGGCAAAGAGGCGACACAUUUAGUCAAAAUAAUGCAGAUGGUGACAAUCAGAAUCUAUGGUCAUCUAUCCUCGCAGAAGCUCAGAGCCAUAAUACUUCAAAACUUCCCUCAAGCAAAUCUAUACUUCUUUUAGGUGAUAAUGACACCGGGAAAACAACACUGGUUGCUAAGCUACAGGGUACAGAGGAUCCAAGAAAGGGGGCGGGGCUAGAAUAUCACACUAUAGAUGUAAAAGAUGAAUACAGAGAUGAUCAUGCCAGGGUAGGUGUGUGGAUUCUAGAUGGAGACCCUCAUCAUACAGGCCUCCUAAGAUUUGCAUUGACACAAGAGAACUUUGCCAACUCAAUUGUUCUUCUAGUGGCUAGUAUGUCUUCACCCUGGUCUAUUAUAGACUCUCUAAAGAAAUGGAGCACACUGCUCCAGGAUCACAUAGACAAACUUAGGAUACCUAGAGAACAACUGCGAGAAUAUGAACAAAGUUUGGUUCGACAUUUUCAAGAAUAUGUCGAACCAUCAGGUGAUCCAAGCAAUGUGCAGUCCCCGCCCAGACGUGGCCCAAACCCCCUUCAUCCAUCAGCGCCCUCUGAAGGUGACCAGGAUGUACUACUCCCCCUAGGGGAGAACACACUCACUAAUAAUUUAGGAAUUCCCAUAGUUGUAGUCAUAACCAAGAGCGAUGCAAUCUCAACGUUAGAGAAAGAACACGAUUUUAAAGAAGAACAUUUCGAUUUCAUACAAGAAAAUAUUAGAAAAUUUUGUUUGAAUUACAAAAACUGUGAUUUACUGAGGAACUAUUUGAUACAUAGGAUAUUUGGUUUCCCGUUCCAAGAGUCAGCCUUCGUUAUAGAAAGGGACGCUGUAUUUAUCCCAGCUGGUUGGGAUAAAGACAGCAAAAUUAGCAUAUUACACGAGACAAUGUCAAACAUACAACCAGAGGACCCUUAUGAUGAUGUCAUAGUUAAACCAAACCUUCGUAAGCCUCUACAGCGUGAAGCAGAGACACUAGCUGAAGAUGAGCAGGUAUUCUUAAUGAAGCAACAGACAAAACUAAGCAAGGAGCCCAAGGCUGAUAUAGGUAGGGAGUCUCCAAUGAGAACAACUGCUGCUAUGGGCAAGACUGCAUCACCCAAGAUAGGAACAUCACCUAGUGGUACGCCGUCGCCUGGCAAAAAGUUGGAUGGUACUGGUGUACCAGGCAAGCCUGGAGUGCCAGGGGCAGCCAAUGAAGGGGUACUCGCAAAUUUUUUCAACAGUUUACUAAACAAGAAAACUGGAGCAGUUUCGCCAAAAACUGGAACUGACAAAGCAACAGUCAGCAGAGAUGCAGCUGCAGAAUUAGAUAGAAUGAAUCGCCAACAGAAAAAGCCUGUUCCUGGCCAAGCCCCUAAUAGCACAGGCCAGUGA